AAUCCGGUUCAGAGAUCCUCCUACAGUUUUCAAGACCGUAUUCAUGUUUCAAUUCCGCUGCUCUGGGGCCUUCCGUUGGUUCUACUGGCCUGCCACAGUUGGCACCCGUUUUGGGUCUCCGCUGCAAGACAUCACCGGCAGCUCGCGAGCGGUCUGCGUUGGGCUGGUAUGUGAAGUCUCACGACUCUCUGGAGUUCCACGAGAACUGAACAGUUUCGCUGUCACGAUGCCUGACAUGCUUUGAUGGCAAAAGUGCUUUCCGCUAUUCAUUUGCACGCGGAAGUGGUUGCUGCCACUCAUUGUUGUGCUCUUAAAUGCUCGUCGCUGCCGCACUUGCCGUCUGCCUUGUGGUCACUUGUGGCUACCACACCCACGUUGCUGCCAUCCUGAAAUUCCUCAGGCUCUCGGUUUUUAGUAUGCAAAUGCACGUCAUCUCGAGUGCACAGUCCAUAUCAUUUCAUUUCCUCUUCGAGUGCAGUCACUCCUUCUUCGUGAAGUUCGCCUGCGAUCAUCCGCUUUGACGGCGUUCGUGGUACAACCACGUGCAUGGUAUCACUGCGCGCGGCUCUCAACCAGCCCGCAGACUUGCGCUGCUUUCUCAGUGGGUGCCGGCAGCAGGUCAUCGCGACUGCGAGGUUAUUUAUAAGAAGGAACAAUCAUCCUUCUUCGAUUCUAUUCUCUGGCCAUCCCUCCAUCCCAUUCCCUCUGUGUUGCCUCUCGCGUUGUCACCCCAGUCGUGGUUUCAUCUACAGCUUGCUUUUGUGCCCGUCCGAUGUCUUCAGUGGAAAGACGGCCCACGGCCAUCCGGUCUAGGCUGUCGCUGUCUCCAGUUGUGUAUGGCCAAAGCACUUUCUAACUUUUCCGUGCAAUUGAAAGAUAUCAAAAGCGAGUGGCAAAGUUCGUCGUUUGAAUCUUGUCUUGUACAAGAGUCUUCUUCAGCUGGGUGGGAACAACACCCCCUAGCCGUGUGCCUGGGGGGCCGCGUACUCGAGAGGGGGGAAUUUGCUCAUACACCGAAAGUGUGUGUGACCCGCGCCCGUUUACCUUUCCCCCCCCCUCCCCCCCCACCAAAAAAACUGGUAUAUGCAUUCGAUCUCUCUCAGAAUUCUUUUUCUGUUUCUCCUAUCCCCGACGGAGCGCAAAUCUCGAGACUGUGCCGCCAGCAGCCUCCAGCCGCUUUGUCCUAGACGCCGAAAAAACAGUGGCAAAAAAGUUACCCUGAGCGCCGUGCAAGCGACGACUGCAGCAGGGUAUGCCAUUUUGAGGCCACUAGCGCGUUUUGUGCCGUUAAUUUCGGGUCUUUGCCACGUCUUCCCGCCACGUGCUUUAAUUUCUUACUCGGAUAUCACGCUUAUUUCGGGGAAAGCUUCGGAAAGCGUAAAGUGCCGUUAUACCCCUCGUUGUCCACUCCGAUUCCGCAACUGUCGUCCGCAAGCGGGCUAGCUGUGCCACCAUUCCAUAGUUGCUCUUCACACCAUGGCACGCGUACUUUAAACCCCCUUGACCAGUGGCUCUUCCUCAACUUUUGUGUUCAUCUACCAUCCGCGGAACUGUUUGUUCACUCGCGCGAAACAGGGGUGCGCUCAGCGUCCCUCUCUUCGCGUGCUGCCCCCGUGUGUAGAAGAACGCUUGUUUUGGGAGACUGUGAGAGGUCCCGCCCCUCCACCCAGAACACGGGGAGAACUUGCGAAGUACGGCAGGCAGCGGGGGAAGAUCGGGUACGUGAAAUAGAGGCUUUUCGUGGCAAUCGCAACUAGGAAAACAGAAAGUGUGUGUGUAUUUAGCGGAGAAUCGACCCAAGGUUCAGUGUCAACCGCCUCCAAACCUCUUGCUCAGGUUCUCCGCGGCGUUCUCCCUAGCACGCUGUCAACCGAAUUGUUUUUCCUCACACAAGCGCUGUGUCCGGGUGUAUAAGCCGCAACAGUCAACGCUGUUUCUUCGUCGACAGGGCUGCGCGACUAGUCUCUAGGCCGCAGUCUGUCGAGGGCCCGCCCUAUGCCGACAGGUUUUUUCUCUGUCGUGAGCCUUCACCAAAAAGUCGUCCAUGUCUCGUCGCGUGUCAAAAAUCCGCGCCGCGAGCCGCGCCGCUCUCUGUCUCGUUUGAGGCCAGGAGACAAAAGUCACCGCCCACCCACGCCAGCGAAAAAACUCGCCGUCGCCUUCUUUCCCUUGCGCCUGUUCUUGGACACGGGAGUGCCUUUUUUGUCGACCGCUAUCUGUUCUGCAACAAGUGCCUUCCCAAGACUAGUCCAGAGGGCCUGUGCCAGGCCCUAUUCGUUUGCGUGUGUCUUCAUGCCAACUGAUUUUCUUUCCUACAAAGCUGUUUGAUCUACUUGAAGGUCGCUGGGCUGUCACAUCAAUAGUGAGCACACGCCGGGCCCGCGCGGUUUUCCCCGCCGCGUUUUUGUGUCUGUCCUUGUUCCGACUUCCCCGAGUUUUCGGUGGCCUGCGUUGCUGCUUUCCUCUCCCCGCCCCAGUUUCUUCCCGCGUUUGUCCCCUCUUCGGAGAGCGCUGAAACCGAAUUACAUACCGUAUCCUGUUAGUAGUCAGAAAGUGACGGAAACUGGAGGGAAAGCACCACUUUUUGCUGCCCCCGUCGAAGGGAAGGCAUGUCACAAAGCGUGGACGAGGGAAAGACUAUCAAAAACGAGAGUCCGCCCCUGGCUGAUCUACUUCAAGAGAGCUCCCUCUCCCGUUUUGGAAAAGGAAACGUAUUUCUGGACACAACGCGGUCCACGCGAGACGUUGCAGUGGACUGUUUUUUCUCCGUCGGGGUUUCGUCUUGCCUCCCCAGUCGCAUCAGCUUUUCUCGGUGUCCUGUUUGCAUCCUCGCUCCACCGUGCUGCCCACUUUUGCAGAACCUCUCCACUAGCCGACAGACACACGAUCAGAACCAUGGCUCGCGCAUGGAUCUAGGCGAAACCAUCUGUUUUUUGUCGUCGUCCAAAGGACGACGGGGAGGAAAGAUAUUUUUUGGAAAGUGUCAAUCAGGCGCUCUAAGGGUACGUGCCUCCUUCGUAGCUAUUUUGUGUCUCCUCUAGCAAAGUGACGAGUCCUUUCGCUUUGAGCGACAGCACCUCGAUUGUUUCUCAGUCGUCUCGGCCCCACGACGUUUUGGGCGCCUGACUGCACGUAGGGAACCUCCAUGGUUUCUCAGUCCAGCUGACCUCGGACUGUUCUGACGCCAAGGGAACGAGGCGGUGCUGCCGUUUCGCAAAGUUCUGGAAAGCCCGUGUCGCACGUGUGUUGAAACGGCCACCCUUUCUCAAGCGCUGGCCUCGCACGAGUGACCACUCCUGGUUUUUCUGUUUCCUGGCGGGCAGUUCGAAGGCGCGCUCGAAGUGCGGCAGCCCUGUUGUACGGACAUCGCGGGCGUCUGCCCAUCGAGGACCUUGCUGAACGGCGCAGAACGCGAAGGACCCCUGGCGCUUGCUUGUAUCCUAAACAGGCCGGAGAGGCAGCGGUUUUUGCUGACCUGCUCCUAGAGCUUCUGUCUGGAUUCGAAAGUCGUCUGGAUGUCACACAGUUGCCUCUGGUUUUGCGCGACGUGUGUGAGACUGACUGCAUCUUUACCAAAUGUCGCGUCAUCCGCGGCGAAUGAGUCGAUCGCCUUAGGGAAUUUCGAUUUCUUAUCAAAGCAACAGUCCCCUGUCUGGUGUUUGUCCGCAAAUCUCUGUGUGUAGCAAGUCGCUUGCGCGCUCUGCAUUCCACACCAGGCGCAGUCGCGUUCGAUCUGCGGCGCUUCACGUGUUUGUGUUAUCUGUAAAGGCUUACCAAGGGUGAACGCGACCUCUCGCAUCCUCUGGAGAUUCUUUACUACUUCAGUCUACAUAGUGGUCUGGUCAGCUGUUAAGGCAGCGGAACCUUGGCGGGUUGAGUAUCCUGCGUUCCUUCGGCGCCGGCGGUAUCCUGAGAAGCAGCGGCGGUCCCCGACACUGUACAAGAUAUCAGCGUCUCUGGUGAUCUCGCGACUAAGGCGCUCUCCAUCUGCUGGACGGUCUGCAUGCGUGCUCCGUUCUCGCUGAAGGCUUACCGGCGGUAUUCACUCCUUUCACCUAAUCCGUAAACCGAUAGUCAUUCCCAACUCGUUUUUCGCGUAUCUGCAGACGCUGCGUCCGGGUACAUUUAUUUCGCGUGCAGGCGGGCGUCUUCACACCCCGAAGCGACAAAGCGUCCCAGAUGCCUCUCUAUCGAGUGCGAACUGGGACAAGUCGCGUGCAGGUUCGCGGUUUCUUGUUGGACGAUUGAUACUCCAUCAACCGUCUUAUGUGUUUCCUUGCGACAGAAAAAUGAUCAAUCUGCAUCAGCUCUUCCGUGUUUUUUCUCGGGUCUCGUCUUCAGCUUCCGACCCUUCCGCGUCGAAUCCGUCCCCUGCGUCGCUGGUUUCUGUGCCGGCUCUCCAGACUCUCUCUUUCCCUGCGCUCCAGCAGCAGGACCUUCUCGCAUCUCUCGCAGCUGCAUCCUUGCCAGGGCCGGACUCGGUCACGAUGUCCAGCAGUCCGACGUCCGUUCUGAAUUCUUCCUUCUGCAGUCUUCCGUCGUCCAGGAAACCUGCCGCUCUCCCGUUCCCCGCGACCUCGCCCAAAACUCCCCAUCUUUCCGACUCCUUCCCGGCCUCCGCGAUCUCGGGUCCGUCGUCGCCAGGCCUGCAGGAGCUGCUCGCAUCCCCGGAACUCGCCGCCGCCGCUCUCGCCUCGCUUCAGAAGCAGCAGCUACGUCUCGCGCUCGGCACAGAGAGGGGCGGCUGCGGGGCGAGAGGCGACGAACACUUACACAGUAUUUUGCUUCAGCACAAAGCCACGAGUGAGAACGCGAUGCGGUGGUCGUGGCACGCCGGUCGGGACGGAGCUCAAGAGCUAGACACCGUCCCAGAGACCUUUGAUCUGCCUCUUUCGCUGUCGUCGUUCCUCGGCGUGGCUCCGCAACAGCCCUCUUCUCUGCCACGUUCGUCACUCCUUCCGCCUACGGACUUCUCCCUUACAGACGGAACCCUUCGGGUGUCGAGCUCAAUGCUGCCUGCGCUCGCGACGGGCAGCGAGUCGGGUUCAUCCCGCGGCCUGAACAGCGCCCAGGCGUCUCCCUCUUUCAGUUCUCUUCGGGGGCCUCCCGUCUCCGUUCCGGAAGAGGAAGUGUCUGGGUCUCUUGAGGGGUCACCAGGCCCGUUUUCCUCUGGGCAUCCACCAGCCGCCCCCUCGCACCCGUGCAGCACCGUCUCGGGUGCAGACACCCAGGAGGCGGAGCCGCCGUUGCUGACUUUGGUCGCCGUAAAUACGCCGGACGCUCAAGACCCCGCGGUGGAUGGGGCGUCGCUCUGUGCCUCGAAGGAGGGCAUGCGCACGAGUUCCGCCGAUCUCGGAGACAGUCUGCUGGCUCCGCCGGGGCACGGCAGCGCCGCGCCAUUGCCGGGGCGACAUCUGGGCUCUGACGCCACGCGCACCACGACCACGACAGGGAGUGGAGCUCCAGAGAGUCCCUCGCUUCCUCUGGCUCGCGGCGACUGCGAAGGCGCAGAGCGUGGACUCGCACUUCUCGAGGCUCCCGUCAAUGGAUUCAACCUCGCUGCUUCCCAAUCGGUCCUGGGAGGCUUUGCCGCCGACACGCGUGGCGAGGCAGGUGAGAAAGGAAUCGCGCCGCAAAGCCGCAAAGCAAGAAAGCCAGGAACUGCAGUGGAGACAGCUGGCGCCCCAGAGGCGGUGCGGCGAGGCCGAGCCGCAUGCAAUGGAGAAGCAGAGACAACCGGGUUGGAAACUGCACCACAGCAGGUCAGCACAUCCGAAGAGACGGCGAAGAGUGGGAGGGAGCUCGCAUGCGCGAGGGCGGGCAUGGAUGAGGAAGAGGACGCAGCGUUUCCGUCUCAUGUCGUGUCAGAGUUUCGUGGCCCUCCAGAAAUUUCAAAUGUGUUCAACGAUUUAGACUGCUCGUCAGCAGUCGAGAGGCCUCAGGGCUGCCUGCAGCAUGCCGCAGUUCAGCCCUUUUUACCCGCCGUGGCCCCGGAGGUUCGUCCCAGCGCUACAACUGCUGGACGGACUCCCAUGGGGUUGUGGAGCGAGGCCGGAAGAGUGAGCAGCCUGGAGACAGAUACAGCGGAAAUAGGCAGACGCCUCGACGGUGAAUCGUCUGGCUCCCCUGAUCGGUGGGGAGAUGCGCGACUUUCCUCACCAGACUCCGUUCCUUCUUCAGCAGACGUGCCCGUACCGAGCCGUCCACAGUGUCAAGAGCAGGUACCUCAGGUCGACCCAGACUCUUCGCAUCCCUUAUUCGCCUCAUGCUCAGCUGGGUCUUCCUCAACUGCAGGCUCUGCCAGCGCGCUUGCCGGACUCGCUUCUCCUUUUCCCCCUCCAAAGUCCCCGAAAACGGGGGCAAAUGACCCUCGGAUGACCCCGUCUGAAGGCGAAAUGAGGGCCGUCUCCGGGGCUCCUCCUUCUCUGCAUAUGUCCCCCCCUAUUCCUCCUCUUGCCUUGCAGGACAGCUUCGGCGAGUGUACUGCGUCUUCGCUCGCGGGCGUCGACGCCCCAGAGGCCACCGCAGGCGGCUUGGCCGAAGGUGUGGCCACAGGUGGUGGGUCUGACAGUGUCGGCGAAGGGCGUCUGCCUGGAGCCGCCUCUCUGGAGGUACCUUCCUCGCCGUCUGCUCUCUUAUCUGGAGCCCCAGCGAGUCUCCUCCUUCUGCUGCGAAACGGACAAUCGGGGGCAGCCGCUCUCGUCGCCGCCAUGCAGCAGCACCAAGCUCUGUCAGGUGACGCUGAGGAAGCGCUCGAGGCGGUUUUGGCCGGUGGCUCGAACGUGGGCGAUAUGGCGAACUCGAGCCGAGGGUUGGAGACAGUUGGGGACGGAACUCGAGGAUCAGCGCAUACGACGCAUGCAGCCCACAGCAGCGGGAGAAACGCUGUUGGUGCAUGCCCAGCACCAGACAGGGAAGGCGAGACUGUGGCGGUGCCGACCUCCGUGUUAACAAACAACCCCGCUUCGACUUCAAAGACGAUGCCGUCUGUGUAUUCUACGCCGGCGUCUGCAGGCUUGUCCCUCACGUCUUCCUCAACUCCGCCGGUGCUUCCAACUCCAAACCCUGGGGCCGGGAUGCCGCCGCUCGCGUCCGCGCACGCUGCUUCACCAGCGGUGCCGGGAGAUGCGAAUCUGCAGUCGCUCUUUUUUUGGGCUCCACAGGCGUGUCCUUUGCAGCCGGGCGCCUUGGCUGUUGAUGCCUCAGCUUCUUCCUGCGGGGGCGUGGGGAGUUGCAACGGAGGCCCAGCGCCGCCGGGGCCCUCGCCCGUCGCGGAGCUGCUGGACGCUUCGGGCUCUGGGCCUUUCGGCGCAGCGGGUAGUGGCGCCCAACUUGCGGCAGGCCCCUUCGGCGCAGCGACGCCGGCGUCAGCCACGUUCCAGCAGCAGCUUCUGCUGCUCUCUGCGGCGUUUGACCAGAUAGGCUCGUCGUCGUUUCCUGUUGUUGGCGGAGAGAACUUUAUUGGGUACUCCGCCCUGAGCGCUGCCCGGCCCGACGCCUCGGACCUUUCUGCAUCGGGUGGCCCGCCGGCGUCCCUGCCAGUUCUCCUGGCUGCAGCGAAUGCAGGUGUGGGGCCCGGCGCAGCAGGGGUCGGAGACCAGCCAGAUUUUCUAGCGCUUCUGGGUGGAGGAAGCGCUUCGCGUGAAGGCGCUAGGGACCCGGUUGGAGGCGAGUUGGGCGGAGCAGGGAACUCAGCCACUUCCAUGAAAGGAGUGAAGAGACAAUUUGUGCAGAACGGGCAUGGCACUGCGAGCCAAACACACCCCGAAGAAAACACUCAAGGCCCAGGCAGGAGUGCAGCUGUCGUUGGGAGAGCAACGAAGAAACAGCGCCGAGGCCCGCCUCAUAGUGGUGCUGCGGUGUCGAGUGGGGCCCCGUCAGGCGUGCUAGCUGUUCCAGGAUGUCUCGGACCCCCAUCAGUAGCCAAAGGGCCUGGCAGCGAUGAGUUCAACUUGCAACAGCUGCAACAGAGUAGGGAUUCACGUCACAGUGCUGACAAUGCCUCAGGAAUUCCAAACUGGCCUCCCGUGUUCUCAAACGGUAAUCAUACUUUGGGUGUGGGUACGCGGUCGCCGUCUCCGAGUGUGUGCAGUAUUUCUCAUGACGCAGGUUUCUUUGGUGCGUCUGGCAGCAAUCAUGCCGGGUCUCUCUCCACUCCGGUGUGUCUUCCGCAACUCCCGGGGGCGGCCUCGGCGUCGGAGGGACCUUGUGAAGCCCAGCAGACGCCUCCGGGAAGCAUCCCGGAAGCUACAACCCUAGGUGGACUUUCAGCGGCCAGUGGAAACCCGAACUCGACGUUUUCAGUGUCCGCUGGAGGUGGCGUGGCCCCGGCGAUUCUGAACCUGUCUUCAGCUUCGCGGACUUCGAGCCAGACGUCUCCCUGCUGUCCGACAGCCCCGGGCUCUCUGCUCUCGGGUGGCUCGGGACCAGCGCUGUUCUUCGCCGGGCCUCCGUCACCUCUCCAGAAAGCGCCCGUCUACGCAGGUGGAAGUGGAAGCGUGUGUGCGAGCAGCGGCGACGCCAUCGCUGCUGCGGCACUCCUCCACCUCCGAACCCUUCAGCAGCUGCAAGAGCUGCAACGCCACUUCCAGCGCCCCGGGAGCCUGCCGCCGGCCGUGACACCCGCAUGUCUUCCCUCGGGUGUCGCUGGGUGUUCUCCAGCAGGUCUAGGCGCUUCCACACCUGGGACUCACAGCGUCGUCUGUAACAGCAGUGCGUCUCCAGUGCCAGGUGCUUCUCGGGUGCCGAGGAGGCCCGACGGACGAGGCACAGGAGGUGCAGGAGGCGAUCCGGGGCCGUCGAAAAGAGGCAGUGUAAGUGUUUCACCGAGUGCGCAACAGUUCGUACUUCUCCAGUUGAAACAACAGCAACCCGGAAGCCACGGUAAUGCCCUUUCGCUUGGCACGCAGGGGAACAGCAGCAACCCCGCGCCGGCAGGAGGCGCCGGUGCCCCGCAACAACACCAUCCCGGUGUUUGUUACUCGCCUCCCAAGGACGUCUGGCGUGCGAGGAUCACCGUCGACGGCCGGCAACACGAGCAGCAAUUCUCAGUCAAGCGUCACGGGUUCGAAGAGGCUCGCCUCCUCGCGGUCCAAUGGCGGGCCCACAUGGAGAAUCUCCGGCUCGGAGGUGCAGCGAAAGGCAAAGGGAAUGCGAGCGCCUCCAGCGCUUCAGCCGCCACAGCGACCUCUCAGGGGUCUUCCCAGUCCUCGCACCAGCCGCCCUUAGGUAGCUUGAUGGUCAGUGGCAACUCUGGUAUGUCGGGCCCCGGAGCGGGACCCUUAGCUAACCGCGGACUCUGAAACAUCGUGGAGCGUGGGUGGAUGGUGUGGUGCACCAUGUACAACAGGGGGCGGCUUCGAUCAGGUGAAUGAGGAUUUGUAAAAAUGCGAGAGGAGAGAAGUGUAGGGAGAAGAUACUUACGGUUGAUAGAAAUAUAUUGCAGCGGAAUCUAGUGGAAAGUAACAUUAGAUCCGUGUCAGUUCGGCAUGGCUCUGUUCGGUGACACGUGCCUGGUAUAGUAACAGGGAACAUUUUGAAGAGUGUACGCGCUUCGAAAAGCGAGAAAUGCCUGCGCAUCUUUCGGCACCAUUUGUCGCUGAGCCAGAAAUGCCGUCGGUGUUGGAGUUAGAGUGGCUCGAUUUUCUUCAGCCGUUCCCGCUUUGUCACGUGCGGGGCCGUUGCAUCGCCCUGCUUCACACAGGUGUCUGUCUUCGUUUUGAUCUAUCUCCAGUGUGGAAAGGAAACGCCUAGUGUCCUGGGCCGCGUUGGAGGCUGAGACGUGCACGGAAGCAUUUCUUACUCUCCGAGUUUGCUCGCUCUCGGAGAACAAACAGUUUUUUCAAUUUCGUGUAUAGUUCUAGGUAAAUUUCAUCAAGGUUGUGCUUAACCUGAGCUCAGCGGUUGGUAGGUGUAUAUACACCCCAGCGAACGGUGAUGUGUGGCCAGAUGGCUGGGGACUGUCGUCCUUGCCGACACGUGUUCGUUCCAUCAAGUCCCUGCACGUCAACAUUUUUUUUCACCCCUGCGCCUAUUUCUUUUGUUGUGGUGAACGCAUGCUCGUCCGUUGUCUCAGCGUGCAUUCAUUUCUAUGAUGUGCUCCAGAGUGUUGUUCGUUUGCUUUGGAGAGUGCGAUUUAUUGGUUGCUGCUUGAUGCCGCUGACGGCGCGUAGAUAUUUUGUAGAGCAAAUGAGUGGAGAUUCUCAUCUCGUGUUUCUUGUAAGCUUGUCUCCAGUUUCCCUUCUUUUCCUCCAUACCUCUUCGUUUGACGACUCUGCCAAACUUUUCGUCCGUGUCCUCACAAUUGUGAUUUGCUUCAGACGCUUUCCACGCACGCUCAUAUCAGCUGGGCACACAGGUUGCGGUGCCAGAGGGCAGUCCAGAGAAAAGGGUCAAACAGCUGCAACCCAUGAUUUGAGGCCACGCAGUAUUCCACGGUAGAUUGCAUCGAACGUGGACGGCUAUGCCCUUCUAGGGAAGCUGUGUAGCGCUUCUUUCGGAAAUGUAUAUGCGAUGCAUCUGCCCACACACUAUUGACAAUUGCACCAAGGGAGGCAGCCGCGCAACGUCCCAUCUUCGUACUGCCUCAGUCCUCAAUUUUGAGCUUUCAGGCACGCGGAUAUACGUCACGAAGGAACGCCGCGUUUCCGAAGACCAUGUGCCGUAACUACCCGCAUUUUCAUACAUGAGUAGCACUUUCCCCUUACUUAGCAGGAAAACCGAGUGUGUCCCUUAGCGGUGAGCUGAACGGAAAGACAUACAGCCUCCAGAUACAGUUUGCAGCAUCCCACCAUCUCUUCUAUGGAAGAAAGGAAAUGUACUCUUAGUCCGCGAUUCGUCUGCGAAGGAUCGUGCCUCGUCGCUUGGCCGUUUUUGAUGGGCCUCUCUUAGAUGCAGCGCGUUCAGAGAUUCCGCGCGCCGCGGUCGGGAUUUCAGGUGUUCCACUGUUUUCGAUUGAACUGACCGUACAUAUGCUGGUUCUCGCCUCUUUCUGAAAGCCAGACUGCCUCUUCAGGGAGCCUCUGCGUCGUCGACACCCCCUCCCGUGAACUGAAGGAGUGCGAUGGUGUUGCCGCCUGGAUUCCCCCUGGCGCCCCGCCGGGGGUUUCAUAGCCCCACCAACUCCCUGAAUUGGGAAGGUGUGGCGUUCAGCAGUACAGGAUUCGAGCAAAGCAGAAUCUUGGCGCAUGCGAGCUAUUGACGCUUGUUCUUGGAUCAUGUGCUGCAAAAAUGUGGUUUUUGGAGACUGGACAGACGCUGCAACCUCCGUGUGCAAUGCAAACCCUACGGCGCUGCCGUAUUCUUCGGCUGUUUCUUCACGUGUGCAUGCACCUUCCACUUUUGGACGGAUACCGCACAUGCUGAGAAAGGUCUUCUGGGACGUCGGCAAAGAGAUUGAUAAUAUCUCGCGCGAACGCAGCAAAGGCGCCUGAUGCGUAAAGCAUAAUGAUUC